CGAAAUGUGAGAGGCGAAAAAAGGAAAGAAAAACUUCUCGCUAAAAUGGUGAGACGCACGCAACAACCUCGACACUUUUAACAAUUAAAUGUCUAAAUUAGCAGUAAAUAAUCGCAUGUCCCGCAGCCAAUAUGUGAGUGGGAGUUUGCAGGCGAUCGUACGAGCGAGAUAAAAAGAGUGGACGAGCUCGCGGGGCAGGAGGCAAGGCACGAGGAUCGAAGGUAGGAACGAGACGCUUUGUUUAUGGAAAUCAGCUGUACCAGCAAACACCCGUGUCAUUUUGCUGCGCCGCGCAAUUCUGGCCUCUCGAGACCGUCUAUUCGCCCCGAGUCCGCGAACCUAGGGAGUAAUGCUCGCCGAACAGGUUAACCGCCGGAGACGUCACUCGACAAGGAACGCGUUCCUGGUAAAGAGUGUCAUCCCCUGCGAGGGCCGUCCAGAGUGCCUUUGUCUUUGACACACGUCUGGGGAUCCUCGCACGAUCGCUCCACGCGAUGAUAAAGACAAAAGAUGACCUCUGUGCUGGAUGGCAGCUACCAACAAUUGGAGCUCUACACGGAGGGCGGCGGGGGAGAAGAUAGCGACGAAGAUGGCGAAGAAACACCUCAGGAAUCGGGGGUGAUGAUUCAUGUAGUGCCAGAAGGGAACAAAGCACGAUGGAACCAUAUAGAAGAUUUAGACUCAUUCUUCACGAGAAUGUACCAUUACCAUCAGAAACAUGGUUUUGCCUGCAUGAUGAUACAGGAAUUCCUCGAGCUCGGUCAAUUUAUCUUCGUGGUCACCUUCUCAACUUUUUUAUUUAACUGUGUCGACUACUCAGUGCUGUUCAAGAACAACGUAACAAAUAACACGUCGCACAAAACAUCGUUAAGCGAUGCCAUUUUAUCAGCAGGUACUUGUAUAGCAUCGAUGAAUUUGGUUACGUGGAUGUGCAUAACAGUGGCUGUGAUAUUCUGGAUUUUACGUUUCGUCAAAGUCUUGUACCACCUUACCCAAUUCUGGGACAUUAAGUUGUUCUUUAACGUCGCCCUCAAAAUUGACGACUGCGAUUUGGACAAUCUUACCUGGCACGAGGUCCAGAAAAAAGUGAUCGAGGUUCAAAAGGAACAAGAGAUGUGCAUUCAUAAGCGAGAGCUCACAGAGUUGGAUAUAUACCAUAGGAUAUUACGAUUUAAAAAUUAUAUGGUUGCCAUGAUUAACAAGUCGUUGAUACCAGUGAGAUUGAAGUUUCCCGUUAUCGGUGAAAUCAUCUUUAUGACCCGAGGCUUGAAAUACAACAUGGAGCUACUUCUGUUCUGGGGUCCAUGGUCGCCUUUCGAAAACAAUUGGCAUCUCAAAGAGGACUACAAGAAAUUAAAUAAAAGGCAAGAACUAGCCCGAGUGUUAUCCAAGCACAUAUUGUGGGUGGGAAUCGCAAACUUUGUACUCUGCCCUUUGAUCUUGCUGUGGCAGAUUUUGUACUCGUUCUUUCACUACGGCGAGAUAAUAAAGAGAGAACCUGGCACCUUGGGUACUCGAAUGUGGUCUCUUUACGGUCGCCUGUACCUCCGACACUUUAACGAACUCGAUCACGAAUUGAACGCUAGACUUAAUCGCGCCUAUCAACCUGCAUCGAAAUACAUGAGUAUAUUCACGUCCCCCGUCGUAACCGUAAUCGCCAAGAAUGUAGCCUUCGUGGCAGGCAGCAUCCUGGCGGUGCUGCUGAUUCUGACAGUCUACGAUGAAGAUGUGUUGACAGUGGAACACGUGUUGACUUUGAUGACUAUUCUCGGUGCUUUGGUGGCAGGAGCUAGGGCAUUCAUACCGGAUGAAAAUUUGGUUUGGUGCCCCGAGACGCUGUUGACGGCCGUCCUUGCUCAUACGCACUACAGGCCCGAUAGCUGGCGAGGUCACGCCCACACACAAUCCACCAGAGCCCAGGUAGCUCAAUUGUUCCAGUACAGGGCAGUCCACCUCCUAGAGGAACUGGUGUCGCCCCUGUUGACUCCGUAUAUUCUCUGCUUUCGCAUGAGGCAAAGGUCCUUAGACAUUGUUGACUUUUACCGCAACUUCACCAUUGAAGUCACGGGUGUUGGAGAUGUGUGUAGUUUUGCUCAAAUGGACGUGCGCAAGCAUGGUAAUCCCAUGUGGCAAACUGUCGCUCAGAGUCCAGUUGACGAUCGGUCAGCUGGGUUCGAUAACUACUAUGGGAUCGAUCAAGAGAAACUCCACGUGCCCAUGUCGAAUCAGUACACGCAGGCUGAGGAUGGGAAGACGGAACUCUCCUUGAUACACUUUACCUUGACUAAUCCGGAGUGGAAACCCCCGAGUCACGCGGAGGAUUUCGUCACUGCGUUGAGAGAAAGGGCCAAGAAGGAGGUUAAUGCAGUUCCCUGUGAUAUUAAUCCCCUGUUCACAAGCCUAAAUAGUUUAUCCGGUUUAGGACCUGGGUACAACGAUUUAGUGUCUAGCAUAAUUCGCAGUACGCAAGUACAUCAUGUGAGCGUGCCGAGCAUGAGCCACGUUUUCAAUAAUGAGCCAGGAACUUCUAAUACUGAUGUUACCCCCGAGCAAAUCUCCAGUACAAGAUCCGAUAGUCUUUCUCGAACUGUUCGACGCGGCAUGAGAAAAGCCGAAGGAACUUUGUUCAAUGACAAGGGCCUGCUGUACGGGCUGCAACAGGGAAUGUCUAAUCAAUCCCUUGGUGCUUCGGUCUUUGGGUCUGGACACGAAUUGUCAAGCGAUCUGACCGUUCCCAUAGAAUUUACUGCUGCCGAUAUGUCCUUAUCUACAUUGUACCUGCACGAGCUUCAUCAUAGACAAGUAAAAAGACGUGGCUAUCAAGAGAUGGCCACAAGAAGUAUAUGGCAGCGAAGUCCCGUCGAAGAAUUAGCUACUCUUCCCGAAGUCAGACAGGAGAGGGCUCCUUUAUUAUUGCAUCAAGACUCGUCGAUCAGAACCACCAGGGAAUCCUAGCACUACGUUUAGACGUUCAUCUAGCUAACGGUUAGCUUAUUUGCGUAAUGAUGAUCUUUUUAAAAUAAACAUAUUUUUAUCUACUUUUACGAGGAUGACUUUCUGACUCAUUUAACACGACUCUCGAGGCUUGACGGGAGCUAGGUGAAACGCUGUUCUUUCAUGCUGGAAGGUACUUCAGAUCGCUUUCAGUCGUGUUUUGUAAAUUAACACUAAUGAUGCCUAUGCUCCAUAACUAGGGCCUACCUGCAGGGUCCGUUCGUUUCUCUUGAACAGGAAAGAAAGAAAAAAUCUAUACUAAGGACUUGCGUUCCGAAGGGGAAUCCCCCUUCGACUGUUCACUACACAAAAUAUUUUUAACCGAUCCAGACGUUAACGCGAGCCGCAUAAGUUAACCCUCUCAGUCCUGACGUCAUUUAAACAUUCACGGAGCACUCGAACCUGCCGAUGGACAUUCUUGGUUUCCAAAUGUGAAAAUGUCCAUCGCAAAAACCGACGGCAACGGAUGAUGUGGCUAAAAAAUAUUAAAAUCGUACAAAUUCGUACUCUCUACGGGAAAUUAACAGUGUACCGUUGGAGAUAAUAUAUUCUUAGGUUUUUUUUAGUGGUUGUCUUACGUUUCAAAUUUGUAAGGGUCGAUGGAUGUGUACGAGUUGUAUGCAAAAAUGAUUCCAAGCUCGGAGCGAUCGAAGACUCGACGUCAAAUUGAUUUCGAAAUUGUCGUUUGGUCUGGGACUCACAGGGUUAAACGAGCACUGUAAAUUCGGCAGGCUAAUUGUAAUAAUAAAAAUUGUCGAGAUGUUAUUGUUUCUCUACCGGCGGAUGCGACAAGACAAAGAUUGUAUCAACCUCAACGGCUGUCCACGCGAGCUCGGCGCUUCUUAAUGUUUAAAACUACUUUUCAAUGCCACAAUUCUCUAGUCAUACAAAAUUGAAGCUAUGCCUUAGGAUACAUAACGACGUCUUGCUUAAGUAAACUAAUUAUUUAUUCUCACGGCUGUGCAGCGUGAUAGGUAAACGUUGCAUACGAAGUGUAAUCUUCUCGACUGUUUUACCGGGCCAGAAGUACCGAUAUAACAAGAGUCUCGUUGUUAUGACGUGGCUCGUCCUGAGAUUUUUUUAUCGAGGGAUUUAUAGUUUUUAUUUAACUCCUUAGUUGUGUGCAAUCUUGGAAGUUCCGAUCGUUACAAGUGUCGGAGCGAAUUGUUACUUUAUUAGGAGAAGGACACUCACCGAUUUAACCAUCUUCGAAUUGACAUCUAGUAAUUAUUUGUAACCGCGAGGCUUAUCGCUAGACAAAUCUUGUAUCAAUGUGAUCCACGGAUGAACUAAUCUUACACUUAAGAGUUACGUGUACCUUUAAGGUUAUAGGAUGAAUAAAUUCGUUUUGUAAUA